AUGGAAAACAUUGGCGUAUGGACCGAACACAAGGCACCCGACGAUCGUAUUUACUAUUACAACACUGCGACUAAGAAAUCACAAUGGAAAAAGCCGGAUGAGUUAAAAACUCGUGCUGAGUUAUUGAUGGAUUCUUGUCCAUGGAAAGAACAUGCAGCUGAUAACGGAAAGACUUACUACCAUAACAUGGUAACUAAAGAAUCUACUUGGACAAUCCCCAAAGAACUAGAAGAAAUCAAAGCUAUGCUAGCUGGUGACGAAGGCCUUAAAGCCCAAACAAAAGCUCAAGCAAGUGGGUUGGAGACUGGAGAAAACACUGUACCUACACAGAACCAAAACCUGAGUAGCACAGUCGGUCAGAUGACGGAAGUAACUGAAAAAAUUCAAUACAGUAAUAAAGACGAAGCUAAGCAAGCCUUUAUUGGACUACUAAAAGAAAAACAAAUCCCGUCAUACUAUACCUGGGAUGCUGUUAUGAAAGUAAUUGUAAGUGAUCCAAGGUACGCUGCACUUCCUAAAAUGAAUGAAAGAAAGCUAGCUUUUAACGAAUAUAAAACGAAAAAAUCAAAAGAAGAAAAGGAAGAACAGAGAGUAAAAGUAAGAUUAGCACGCGAAAGGUUAACAAAUGCUAUGUUUAAUCAUCCAAAAAUGGGUUCUUAUGUUCGUUGGAGACAAGUGUGCGAGUUAUUUGAGAAAGAGCAGUACUGGCAAGAUAUUCCAGAAAGAGAUAAACGAGUAAUGCAAAAUAUAUUAUUGAUUCCUUUUCUUGGCUCUUUAAAUUUUAAGUUAUCUCUUGAUGAGAAAAAAGAAGAAGAAGAAAAGAGAGACAAAGAUAGAAAUAAAAUUUUGGCAUUACUUCGUACUAUAAGUGAAAUAACUUAUAGCACUACUUGGGGCAAAGCUCAAGAAAUUCUUGAUAAUGACAAUACUUUUAAUAAUGAUUGCAAAGAUAUCGACAAAUUGGAUACAUUAUUUGCUUUCCAGGAUCAUAUAAGAGAGCUAGAAAAGAAUUUGCUAGAUGAACUUCAUACAAAUGGUAACUUGGAUGCUAAUUCUGCUUGGAAAUUAUUAUUUCUUGUUAUUCGUACUGACUCAAGAUUUACGGUCAUGCUAGGACAGCGAGGGUCAUCUCCAUUAGAUUUAUUUAAAUUCUAUGUUGAUGACUUAAAAAACCGAUAUCACGAUGAAAAGAAGAUCAUAAAAGAAAUCUUGAAGGAGUUUUUUGAAAUCAUCACUUGUGACCCGAGAUCUCAAACCUUGGAUAAAGGCAAUGCCACAACUGCCUACUAUAGUUUAUUAGAGAAGGCCGAAGCAAGAGAAAGAGACAGACUAAAAGCCGAAGAAAAAAAGAUGCGUCGUUUGGAGGGAGCAUUCAAAGCUAUGCUUAAAUCUCAUACACCUCCUAUACUGCUAAACGCGAAAUGGGAAGAGUACCGUGAAAUUUUUAUUAACAAUCCGGCCUUUGAAGCAGUUACUAUUGAGGCAGAACGUAUCAGAUUGUUUGAAGAGUUUAUAAAUGAACUCGAUGGGGGCAAAGGUGAUCAAUCAGUAAAGCCAAGUCAUCAUAAAUCAAAGAAAUCGAAGAAACAUCGGAAUAAGCGAUCAAGAUCAAGAUCUAUAUCUUAUUCCGAUGAUGAAGAAUCCAGUAAGAGAUCCCGUAGAAAAUCGAAAAAACAUAAAAGAUCAAUAUCUCGAUCUAGAUCACGAUCGCCCGCAUCAGAUUCCGGUACUGCUUAG